AUGAUUGGGUUGAAAUCCCAUGUGAAUUGUUGGUCCACGGCGGAACGAAACAACCAACAUAUCAAAGCGUUGUUCCGUGUCCAAUAUCAUUGCAUGCCGUAUAAGGCCAUUCCGAGGAUUAUUACUGAAGCUAUUGCAAAACAAGUUGCACAGACUUCCAAUUUUUACCCCGCCAAAGGGGGUAUCUCGGCUUAUUACAGUCCUCAUAUGAUUUUGUUGCAAUGCCAAGUUGAUUACUCGAAGGAAUUUGUUGCUGAACUUGGGUCGUAUGUCCAUGGUUAUGGACAUGAUACUCGCAGUGAUCAUCGGUCAUGCACUAUUGAAGCCAUUUACUUGGGACCCGCUGAUAAUAUGCAAACAGGUCACAAGCUAUAUGAUUUGAACACAAAAAGAGAGGUAACUAGACCUCAAAUUACGGUGCUCCCAAUCACUGAUCAAGUGAUCAAAUUGGUUGAAGCCCAUGCUGCUGAGGAAGGCAUUACAGAUUUACGAACCUAUUCCAGACACAAUGGAGAAAUCAUUUUGGAUGCUGAUCUGCUCGCAGGAGUGGACCCAGAUGAACUGUGGGACGAAGAUUAUGUACCUGCAGAUAUUGUGAUUCCACCGGUCAAUGACAUGAAUUUGCGCAAUAAUGAUGCAAUCACAGAUGAAGAACUCAAAGAACUAAUCAAGGAUGCAGCCAAAGAUAUACUGGAAUCUAGAAGAAUUAAUGAUAAGAGACAACAUGAAUAUGAUGAGGCAGAUAGAACUGUCGACCGCAUGCUGCAAAGAAUUAAGAGACGUCAAGAAGAAGACGAUGAAGACAAUAUGGAUUUUGUGCAGGAUCAGCAACCUGAAAGCGAUAUUGAAAUGAAUAUCAAUGAUGAAGAAUUAAAAGAUAUGAUUGAUGAAGCAGCCCAUGAGUUGGAUAGAUUGAGCCAACCCAUUGAAGAAGAAAUAGUGUUCAGCGUUGAAGAUGAGGACAAUGACUAUGAGGGUGAAUUUGAUGCGGAAGAAAUACAAGAACUGCAAGAAGCAGAAGACAAAUCGCAAGUAUAUCCUGACGAAGAAGAUGAUGUUUGUGCAGGAGUGAGGUUUGAAGAAGUCCCCGUGUUGAAUACAACAGAUGAUUCAAAUAAAGAUAAGAAAAGGAGAACACGAUUACAUAUCUCAUUAUACCAGGCUAUUGCGUCAAAGGUAAAAUCACAAAAGAAAGGAGAGUUUUGGGAUGACAACGUGUUGAGCGCUGAAGCAAGAAGAAAGAUUACUGAACGGGCACAUAACUUAAUGUUCCAACAAAGUGGAACUGAGAAGAAAGCAACUUACAAUAUGGAUGAGUCGUUGCUGAUUUCACGCGUCAUGCAACAGAUUCGUGACAAAGUGUACACAAGGGAUGGAGUGUCAUUUAUUCAGCAGUAUUAUCUUAACAAAGGAUUGAAAAUUUUCAAAGAACGAGGAAAAGAAGCUGCGCUCAAGGAACUUGACCAACUGAUCAAACGAAGUUGUUGGACACCCAUCAGUAUUGGUGAAUUGACAGAAUCCGAGAAGAGGAAAGCAGUCGAUGCAAUGAUGUUACUGGCAGAGAAAAACAGUGGUGAUAUCAAAGGUUGUUUUGUAUAUAAAGGAAAUGAGACACGAGACUGGCUGUCUCAAGAGGACACAGCUAGCCCGACCGCAUCGCAUGAAGGUAUCUGGUGCACAGGAGUGAUUGACGCGCACAAAGGUAGAUGCAUGAUGUCAAUGGACAUUUCAAAUGCAUUCAUUCAGACCUUGAUGUCAGAUUUAGGUGAUGGAGAAGAUCGGGUGAUCAUGAAGGUAACUGGACUGAUGGUUCAAUAUAUGAUCGAUUUGGACCUGAAACAUCGCGAUUAUGUUGUUUAUGAGAAUGGCAAGAGAGUGAUCUAUGUUGUGAUCCUUCGUGCCAUAUAUGGGAUGUUGCAGGCCUCGUUGCUGUGGUAUCGAAAUCUGAGAGCUUCUCUAGAGGAGUAUGGCUUUGUUUUUAAUCGAUAUGAUCCCUGCAUUGCCAACAGAAUGGUUAAUGGCAAACAAUUGACAAUCAGGUUCCAUGUUGAUGACGUUUUGGCAAGUCACAUGGAACAACAAGUACUUGAAGAUUUUUUCACAUGGGUGAAUGAGAAAUAUGGUGGCUUAAAAGAGGUCACAUGCACUAGAGGUAAAGUUCAUACUUAUUUGGGUAUGACAUUGGAUUUUUCGAAGAAAGGAAAAAUGAAAAUUUGCAUGGAUGAUUAUGUGGAUCGCAUGCUGAGUGAGUUUCCAGUCAAGUUUAAGGACAAUGAGAUCCAGGAGACACCAGCUGGAAAUAAUCUAUUGGAGAAAGGUAAAGGGGCACCGCUUGAGAAGGAACGACAUGAAGUGUUCCAUUUGUUUGCUGCCAAAUCGUUAUUUUUGUCAAAACGUGCUCGUCUGGACAUCAGUCCGACAGUAUCGAUUUUAGCAUCAAGGGUGCAAUCUCCGAAUCUGAGUGAUUGGCACAAACUAGUCCGAUUGAUGAGAUACAUUCAUUCCACAAAAGGAUGGCAUCUGACAUUGAGCGCUGAUGAUUUGCGCAUGAUUAAAUGGUAUGUCGAUGCAUCAUUUGCUGUUCAUCCAGACUUCAAAAGUCAUACUGGAGCUGUGAUGACAAUGGGCACUGGAGCAGUGCAAGCAAUUGCAUGA